AUGACGUCCCGUUCGUACCACUGCUCUCGCGUUUUCUCGCACCACCUCGACCACCACCGCCUCCAAAGAAGAAGAUCGACAAACUCUUCUUCUUCUUCUUCUUCUUCUCGUCGUCUGAAUCGUUCUUUCGUAAGGAAAACGACGACAAAUGCAUCGUCGUCUGAAGAAUCGUCGUCGGAAGAACAACAAAAGUCUUCUUGGAAAGUCGUCUCCGAGUCUCCGUUUUCCAACAGCAGCAGUACUACUACUAAUAAUAGCACGAAUAAUAAGAAUACUCUCGAGGAUUCUUCGUUAGCAUCCGAACAGCCGAGUAGGCUACGGAUUGAAGCCGAGUCGUCGUCGACGAGAACAACGGAAGAAAAUAAUGUAGGAGAAGAGAAGGUUGGUGGAAUACCAAUACACUCGAGUCGACGCGCGACGAAGAUGUUAUUCACCUGCAACAAGUGCGAAACGCGAACCGAGCGAAAGGUAAACAAAGCAAACUUAACCACCGGGACGACCUGGGUCCAGUGCGGGAACCCGUCGUGUAUGGUCUGGCACAAAAUAGUCGAUAACUUAGGUUUGAUUUACGAGUGUUCCGAGAUGGAGUAG